GUGUGUGUGUGUGUGUGUACCUUCUCAGGUGUUGAUGCGGCAGCCUGACGGCAUGGUCAGCGGUUUCGGCCGUGUCGGCGAGGGCCGGCAGCCAUCCACCAUCUUGCAGCGCCUCGCCAUGCCCUACGUGGAUCGGUUCACCUGCAUCGAAUCCACCCAGCUACGCAUCACCACCCGCAUGUUCUGCGCCGGUUACGACACGAUAGCCAAGGACGCCUGCCAAGGCGACAGCGGCGGGCCACACGUCACACGGUACCGCGGCACUUAUUUCAUCACCGGCAUCGUGAGCUGGGGCGAAGGCUGCGCACGCAAAGGCAAGUACGGCGUCUACACGCAGGUGUCCAAGUACAUCAACUGGAUCCAUGAUGGCUCUGUGAAGCUGAUGGCCACAGAGAAGAGUGGCGUCCGGGCGCGGAGGCACAGCCACGCCAUCGAGAGGCUGAUGCUGUAACACGGCGCUCAAUGGGUCAACGCUAAAGUCCACCGAGCAGAGAUCAGAAACACUUUGAGCCUCUCAUGUAAUCAUUGGUUUUAGGGAUGCACCAAAUCCAGAUUUUUAGGGUUCGGCCGAAUACCGAAUCCAUUGGUUGAGAUUCUGCCGAAUCCUCGUCCCCUCCUCAGUCCAUUAAUCAGUCCUUCCAGAAAAGCAGUAAUCAUAACAUUUAACAUAUUAUCAGCUUAUAAAGUAGUUGUGGCCAGAGCAACAUAAUUAUCCCGUCUACAGUGUCACUAAUUGUUUGAGGGGUUCCUCAGGGUUCGAUUCUUGGCCCUCUAUAUUUUCUUCUUAAUUAAUGCUGAAUUAAUUGAAAACGCUGCCAGCUUUUUUACUAUGAAAGCACACUAUAGUCAACCUUUUCGUGUCA